AUGAGUUCUGAGCUAGUGGUGGGGGGCAUAUUUGUGUAUAUUACUUUUUUUUGGGUGAAUUAGGACAAUUACUGCAUAUAGUGUAUAUCUACGUUGCGUCUGUAGUUUCAUGCAUUGUCUACCACCACUUCAAGCUUAAGUUCUGAUGUGACUUCCAGUUGUAUCUCCUGUCAAGUGUUGUGAACUUGUAAUGCAUUUUUUGUGCUUUUCAAUUAAAAAAGUUAUCAUUUCCCUUAUUUUCGUGAUUCAUUGACUAAAUUAAGCAGAUAUUUGCCUUGUCCAGCAGUCUACAAUGGAUCGUAGGAGUUUGCCGUGGAAGAAUAAAUCAUCAGAUAAGACAACAAGCGAGAAACCUGCAGCUCUUAUAGUGGAGUCAGCCUCUGCCCCUUCAGAUUCAACUGAACCUAAGGUUGAUCAGGGUAAACAGGAAAUCAAGAAACCUAAAUAUGUGCAAAUUUUCGUUGAAUCUUAUUCACAUUUGACUGGACUGGAGAAUCAAGUUAAGUCUCUUAAGGAACAAGUGAGUGGCUUAGAGGAUGAAGUCAAGGAUUUGAAUGAAAAGUUGGCUGCUGCACAGUCAGAAAUGACUAAUAAGGAAAACCUGGUAAAACAAUACGCUGAAGUUGCUGAAGAAGCCGUCUCAGGUGAUGUUCCUAAUUGACUUGUGUUUUUCUUGCAACAAGUGUUUUGCAACUUGGGAGAAGGCUGAGUCAGAAGCCGCGAAACUGAAAAAUCACCUGGAAUCCGUUACUCUUUUGAAGCUUACUGCUGAAGACAGGGCAUCACAUCUGGAUGGUGCACUGAAAUUACAUCUGGAUGGUGCACUGAAGGAGUGCAUGCGGCAGAUACGAAAUUUCAA